CAGACGCCACCUUCCCAGCCUGAGAGAGUUUUCCCGUGUAGCUUCGACUCUUCCGGAGAGAGGAUUUCUCCUCUCUUCCGACCAAUCCAUAUCGUCCAUCACCACAGAUUGUUUCAGAAGAUCACCUUAAAGGAAGGAAGAGGAAAGAUAAAAAUGGAGCAAACGAAGAAGAGAAUCGAAAUCAGUCUGGUUCUGUAGCACCGAGAUCCUAAAUCGGUAAUUGCAACUCUCGAUUACUCGUCGCGAUAAAGUAUCAAUCCAUUCCGCCUUUUAUAUUCCUUUAUCCCAUCUUUAUGUAGUAUCCACUCGUCGGUUAGGGGCUGAGAAUCGACAGCUCUCAAGUCGGUAAAUCGCUCUGGUGAAUUCGAAUUGAAUCAUGGGGUUCGAAGCUGAAUUUUCUGGGGAUUUUUUAUCAUGAUUCAUGGCAAGUGAUUAUACAGUGAAGAUUGGUGGUAAUUGUGAUUGGAAAAUUUGAGACCUUUUUUUUUGUUUCUGUAUUGAUUAGGGUUUUGGAGUUUGAAGGGCUACCUGUUCGUAAUGUUUAUAGAUAGAUGAAUUGAUUGGGGGUUUUGAUUCGUAGCUUCGAAUUCGAAGUUGUUGGUUUUUUUGUUGCUAGAGACGAGGUCAAAGCUUUUAAACUUGUCAGUUGGUUCGGUUUGCUAGGGUUUCAUUUAUCGAUAUGGAGCAAGAGGGGCAGAAGAGGGAAGUUAGUGAAAGUGGAUGCCAAUCCCCAAAUGCUCCGAUACUCUGCUCGAAUAACUGCGGGUUCUUUGGAACUCCCGCCACCAAUAAUCUGUGCUCGAAAUGCUACAGGGAUUUCUUUCUGAAGCAAUCCAAGGUUGCUGCUGCCUCUGUAGUUGCAGAGAGGAAGGUUGAAGAACCUAUUGUGGAAAAGGCAGGCCAGGUUGGAGUUGGUCAAGAAGCUAAGGCUACCCUGAGUGAGGAAGGAACCACUUCUGGGGAUCCAGGGAAGUUACCUGCCAAUCGUUGCAGCUUCUGUAGGAAGCGUGUGGGACUGACGGGUUUCAAGUGCCGCUGUGGGCAGACAUUUUGCUCUCUCCAUCGCUACACCGACAAGCACAACUGCCUCUUUGAUUACAAAACUGCAGGGCAGGAUGCGAUUGCAAAAGCAAAUCCUGUUGUGAAGGCCGACAAGAUUGAGAAGAUAUGAUGCUGAUGGCGGCUUGGAGAUCUCUUGUGGGAAGGAUCAUGGUUUGUUCGUGGAAUGUGAUGAAAGGGUCUUCUGCUACAUGAAGGAUGGUAUCAAUUGGUCUGAUGCUUCUAGAAAUAAAUAGCUGUCUUUCUGAUUAUUUGUCUCAUUUGUACAGUUUGGUUAUAUCUAUUAUGGCUGUGUUACUGAAAGUAAAGAAAUAUGGGUGACACCUUAUUCUGUGCUUCCUCUUGCAAAGUCCUGGGUUUUAAUAUUUUGUAUAUCCCUGCCAUGAAUUUGCAAUUUAUAGCUCAAGGUAUUAGUUCAGUGCCCUUGUUUUC